AUGGCUACCAAUUUCAACGACAUCGUCAAGCAAGGCUACGUGAAGAUGAAGAGCAGGAAACUGGGGAUUUACCGCCGUUGCUGGCUGGUGUUUCGGAAAUCUUCCAGCAAAGGUCCCCAGAGGUUGGAAAAAUACCCAGAUGAGAAGUCAGUGUGUUUACGUGGGUGCCCAAAGGUCACAGAGAUCAGCAACGUGAAAUGUAUCACGAGGCUGCCCAAGGAGACCAAACGGCAAGCUGUAGCCAUCAUAUUUAUGGACGACUCAGCUCGGACGUUCACCUGUGAAUCAGAGCUGGAAGCCGAGGAAUGGUACAAAACACUGUCCGUUGAAUGCCUGGGGGCACGGCUCAACGACAUCAGCCUUGGCGAGCCAGAUCUGCUGGCGCCUGGAGUUCAGUGUGAGCAAACAGACCGGUUUAACGUCUUCCUCCUGCCCUGCCCCAACCUGGACAUCUAUGGCGAAUGCAAGCUGCAGAUCACCCAUGAAAACAUUUACCUCUGGGAUAUGCACAAUCCCCGGGUCAAGCUCGUCUCUUGGCCCUUGUGUUCCCUGCGCCGCUACGGACGAGAUGCCACGCGCUUCACCUUUGAGGCUGGCCGGAUGUGUGACGCAGGCGAAGGGCUGUACACCUUCCAGACCCAGGAGGGAGAAGAGAUCUAUCAGAGAGUGCACAGCGCCACUUUGACCAUUGCCGAGCAGCACAAGCGCGUCCUGAUGGAGAUGGAGAAGAACGUGAGAUUGUUGAACAAGGGGACAGAGCAUUACUCCUAUCCCUGCACACCUACCACCAUGUUGCCACGCAGUGCUUACUGGCAUCACAUCACCGGCUCACAGAACAUUGCCGAGUCUUCCAGCUACGGGGGUGACACCUACCCCGGUCCCCAGGCCAGCUCAGAGACUGAUCUCCUGAACCGCUUAAUCUUACUGAAGCCGAACGCUUCCAAGAGUGGGAAGAGUGACAGCAAAGACGCCACCUCGGCUACCCAGUGA